AGCUGCGCAGUGGAUAGAAGGAACCACUAAAACCAUCAACCACGCUGACACUGAGGAAGAAGGGCACCUCUGCACGCACAACCCACCGGAUAUGAGCAGCGACGCCGCAUCCCCGGGCUCGUCGCCGAACGUUGGCUCUGCCACUGCCGGCAGCACCGCCCAGCAGGCCAACACGAUGACGCGCAACUUUAUCCUGGGCAUCCCCAAGGAGGGGCUGGCCGCGGACAGCGCGGAGGCCGCCGACCUGCAGGCUGCCGAGGCUUUCGUGAGUGACAUCCAACAAGAAAUCCUCGCCUACGACAUCGCCAACGCCAAGGCGAUGGAGGCGUACGCGACGAAGUGGUGGAGUAAGGUGCCCUACUUUGGUCGUCACGCGAAGCGCGCGCUCGAGUACGAGGCGGCGGCGGCGGCCACGAAGGCGACGAGCACGACAGCGACGUCGGCGACACACGGCAGCGCGGGCGCGACACCUGCCACACCGCCGGGCUCCUCUGGGCUGCACCUGACUCCGGAAGAGGCCGCCGCCGCCAUGCAGGUCGGUGGGACGUAUCUGCACAAGCAGACCUCACAGACGUCGCGUGGGUUCAAGGUGGAGCGGACGUCGGCCAUCGACCCGGCGCACCUCGCGCAGUUCACACAGGCAGGCAACAACACAGCUGGUGGCGGCGCUGCCGCCGUGCUGCCGCCGCCGCCGAAGGUGAACUCGUGGCUUUUCCGCCGUCAGCACCCCGGCUGGGUACCGCUGAUGCAGCGGUGGUGGGUGCCGUGGCUGUGCAUGGGCAGCAUCGUGCUGAUUUGGACCCCCGAUGUGUGGAAGCUGCGCUGGCUGUACAUCUGCGACCACCAAUACGCGCUGCUGCGGCAGGCGAUCCACAAGGCGUACUGGCGGGCCACGAUGGACCCGGCAGACUACGCGGCGCUGAUGGCGGAUAUCGAGGCGGAGCGGCCGUCGACGGUGUCGGCGACGAACUGCCCUUUCGAGUAG